UAACACAAAUGUAACACCUUACCUGAACUUUUUUUGGACGUUUAAUAGCAGAAAUAAUGUUCUGCAUUUACUUGAAUCAAAAAUUAAUUUGAAUAGUAUAUGUUUUUAUUUAAUUUUAAAUAUCUUCGAAAAGCGCCGUAUGCUGUAGAUUUGUCAAGACAAGACAUUAAUAAAACAAGGUGUUGCUGAAAACAGAGAUUAUAAACAAGUUUUACAAUGAAAGCUAAACAACGAAAGACUGUCAUUACGGUAUUAGGAGUCUUCCAAAUCUUAUUUAGUAUAUGUUUGAUAGCCAUUGGUAUAUGGGGUUUUGUAGUAUGUCCAGCUCCAGUCGGAAAGACAGGUGCAGUGCCAUUUUGGAUAGCUGGAAUGUGCUUGUUUAGUGGUUAUGUUGCAAUAUUUUUUCCUAGAAAUCGCACCAAUAUAUGGAUAUACCUAUUAAUAUGUACAUGUGUUAUAAGUUGUAUCGUAUCGGCCGUUGUGACCAGCUGGAUGUUUGUCAUGUCACUUCGAGCGACAAAUAAUAGCGAUUUAGUAUUUUAUGCUCUCGUGAUGAGUUUUAACAUUUUUAUUAUGUUAAAUACAGCAAUUUUAUCAAUUGUUGCGAGAAUAGAAGCAGAGGUUUCUUUCUUAAUAUCCUCACCAAUUGCAAUGAGAUCAACUUCUGUUAUUAACCGUCACCCAUCGUCUAUCGAUCCUCCCCCGUAUACGAAUGGUAGUUUUCAAUUUGGAAACGUAGACUUUUUGCAAUCAGAGCCAACAGUCGAUGCUCCACCACCAUAUGAACCGUAACACUUUGUUUAAACCAGAACCAACUUAAAAAAGACAGCCCAACUUGUUAAUAAAGAAAUUAUUGAACAAAUAUAAAUUAAAAAUAAAAAGGUUGAGAGCCAUAUGUUACAUUUUCUAGCAAAAUUGCUCUUGAAGAACAUUAUUUAAAAGAAUUCUUAAAAGUUAUUUUAAAAUGUUUAAUACAAAACUUUCAUAAA